GAAGUGUUGUCAUGGAUCACGUGUUGUGCAUAUCAUUUGUGGGUGUACACAAAUACACAUAUGUGAAUUAUUUUUUGUUUUUGUUUUCAUUACCUAUCUUUCUCUCCUCUAAGUACACAAAAAAAUAAAGGGGAGAAAAAACAAUUUAGAGAAACUCGAUAGGAACCAUAAGCCCAUCUUUUUUUCUCUUUCUUUCUCUCUUUUUUGUUUUCGAACAUUGACGGCAUUCAAGCCUUUUUAUGCAGAUUGAAGGAACAUUAUGCAAUCGACCAUUCAACCAUCUGUUGCUCCAAACGGCCCAUCUACGAGUACGCGUAAUUCCAAACUAGAUCAGAUUAUACAAAAUUUCUAUACGAAAACUGCACAAAUCAUCGUUCAAGGACGCUGUACUCCCAAUCAUGACUCACGCUAUGGAAAAAGGAACAGCCUGACGAAAAAAAUUAAUAAAUGGUUUAAUAUAGCGACGGAAGAUGUGGAUGUUCUGCGGGAGGAUUUGAAAUAUUGGAGACAAAUGGCAAUACAGUCAACAGAUAAAGAUCCUCCGGUCAUGAUCAUUGAUGUGUAUUUGGAUACGUCGAAAUUAUCACACCAUCAAUCACUCGCUGUGGCCGAUGAUAAUCUAAGAUGGGGAGGGGUUGAACUCAAGUCACAGACAUCCGAUGCUCAUAUUGACCGUAUAUUGAUCGAAUCAUGGGAGCUCACAUUAAAAUACCCUUUGCCUCAGUAUGCUGUAGAUUUACCGAGCUUGUAUAAACGAUCCAUUGUAUUUUUUAGAGCACUGCAUUCAACAGUACGCCUCUUACCUGCGCAUGAUCUGUAUCGAAAACUCCACAAAAGUGCUGACCCAGAUCUAUCCAUUGGCUGCCGACUCACAUCCAAAGUAAUCAGUAAACCCACAGAAAUAGCACUAGGUUCUACCAUUUUGGAAAAUGAUGCAAGAAAUCCAACCAAAACACACACAUUUUCAGACAUUGUAACACCAAUGGGCACUUUUGGACUUAACGUGACCUAUCGCCGGAAUUGUGAUUUUAAAGUAGAGGAUGCCGAAAGAGAUCUUAGUGCUCAAUUUAUAGACAUGGAUGAACAAUUCUUUACACCCACCAUGGCAAAAUAUCAACAGGAGUUUGCCAGACCUAGACCUGUAUCCAUGUAUUCGCCCAUCAUUGCAAGAGAAAUAAGGCAACAGAGCUUUUCUCCUUCUGACCCACAAGAAAUUCAGCCUAGAAUACCUCGUACAACAAACAGAGAUAGCUCAGCCUCCUCCUCCUCUAGACGUGCUUCUGUACCUUAUGUUGUAUCACCUUUCAAAUCACCUUUCCUCGCUUCCUCGCCUCAGGGCGAGUCUAUAUUCUCAACCGCAAGGAAUUAUACACCACCUUCCUCUUCUGAAAAAUCUCGCGUGGCAGACAGCGGAUCCUUUGGUCGAAAAAUCGAAUUUUCAUCCAGCUUUGAUAAAUACAAAUCCAGUCCGACAAGCCGUAAUGUAGACGCCAGUGGCAUGAUGAUGCGACGUUCUUCACGAGCCAGUGAUCACAGUCUUUUAUUUAAAGACAACGAUCAUGACGAGGAUGAUUUAGAAGAUUUCGUACGUUUUGUAGGCUCCAACCAGGAACUAAGAUUAUUUCAACUCUCGGGUUCAUCUGAAAGUAGCGUCAGUAGUAGUAAAGUAGGCGCCAUCUCUCAUUUUCAGAAUUUACGAGAAACACAUACUUCCUUAUCUGAAUCUUUGUCCUCCAGUAUCAUGAUUUCUCAGCAUGAGCCUCAUUCGGUUGCUUCCGCUUCUACACCCACUCCACCACCACCUCCAUCCAUCUCGGGUAUUUCACCAGUUUCCUCUACCUCUUCCUCGACGGGCCGCUCAUAUCAGCCCAUAAUCCCUUCGCCUCUCCACGUUGAACAAAAGAAGAAAUCUACAUCACCCGUGCAUAUCCCCCAGAGUUAUCCUCAGUUACGAUCCUUGACCAAUCCAUCUAACGCACUGAGAAUCGUAAGAGUACCCUUGUCUCAGGAUGAAGAAGAGGAGAACAAUCAGGACAUGUUUACCUAUUCCACGUACCCACAAGGCGGUCGUCAUCAGGACCUUCACACAUUGAGAACAGCUCAUAGUCAUGUUUUAGGUAAAGCCACUACCGUGAGAGCAAAAUCUCCUGUAGAUCGAUAUGAAGAAAACUACAGUCUUCAACGAUCACGUAAUACAGAAGGCAGCAGUUUAAUGCAAGAUCAUUCCACCACAACAACAGAUAUCCAUUCCAGUGGACAAGGAAGAACACAUAGUUUAAUGAUGGAUGAUGAUGACUCGCUUGUGUUUAAAAUGAGUGAAAUUGAAUGUGAAGGGGGAGUGUCAUCCAACACCGAGAAUAAUAUGGUGUUUCACCAUCGAUUAAAUCCACAAGACCUAUUUAGUCAUGAACAGUUUUUAGAAUUAACACCGACACCGCCCGUAAUAAAUCGAUUACAGGCGAUCUCCAUGUCUACCGUAACUGAGGAAGAAGGUCUUAGUACAAGUGGAUCCAGUAACAAGAGCGAAUCUCCUAAACUCAAACAUCAUCCUUUUAACGCAUGGUAAAAAUGAACGGAUUCCAUCUUAUAUAUUCAAAUCAAAUUAUCCUCCCCACUCACCCCCACCACACACCCUAGCACCCCAGGGCCGAACACAUUUGUCGCCCAAUGAACUACACACAUUUUACAGGAAUACAAAAAAAAACCCCCAAAAAAAUGAUCCAGAAAUUAAGUUUUCGCUGCUACAUAGGAAUAAAAAUUGUCGCACCCCCUUUUCUCCGUUU